GUUCUCGAAGCAACGACGAGCCAUCGCCAUAUCCGCUGACAUAAGACGGCCAAUCCUUUCAGUACGUAAGCCUGCUAGCAGCCUGAGGAAGCCUGAGGAACUGUCUUGACGGGCGAACGCGAUCAAACGCGCCCAGGUUGCCAGUGCCCCGAAGGCCAUGCGCAAGGCGCAGCCACAAUCCGAUAUACCACCAAACGGACGGAUCCCUCCCCUCCUGGACGGGUCCAGCUCCCCCAUCCAGCUCCUCCCGGAGGAUCUAUUGCACGAUAUCUUCUACGCUAUUGUCUCGACGUGUACGUACACCACUCAGGAAGGGGAUAUCGUAUCCGGCAGCGUCCUACUCCUCUCAGCAUCGCACGUAUGUCGGCAUUGGCGGUCACUCACCCUCGCGUACCCGCGACUGUGGUCUGUCAAGCUGCGCGGCCCCAAAUCAGUCUGGGAUCCGAGCGAGGACGUCGUGCGGAUGGCACAGAUCCUCGCCGAGCGCGCAGACCGCAUCGAGGCGUUCCACAUCGGCCAGUUCUUCAAGGAGGAGAUGGCGAAGGUGCUCGCGUUUUAUGCGGGGACGCCCGCACCCAACCUGCGUCGCUUGAUGGCAUUAUCUGGAUCGUACGUGGAGAUCCCGGCGCUGUUCGCUGGGGACAUGCCCGCGUUGCGGAGACUCCACACCUCUAGGAUAUCCAUGCCAUGGCUGCCGUACCGGGACUUGAUCGAGUUGGAUAUACCCAGCCAGGUCACUCCUGCCACGGAGGAUAUACUGUGGACCCUACGACGCUCGCCUUCCCUCGAACUAUUCUCCGUAUCUCUAUGUCUACGCCAACGACUACGGACGAACAUGGAUCUGGGAGAUCUGUGCCCUUCCCUCCGCGCAGUCCAGCUCUUCAUUUGCGUGGACGACCUGUACAGCAUCAUCUUCCGAUCACCGACAUGGUCUUCUGCAUCGAAUGGCAUGGGGGACGACGAAGCGGAUCUGUCGAGCACGAAGAACACACUCGACUGCGUCACGCUGCCGAACCUGACGUCCCUCGCGAUCCACGCAAACCGAUACUUCCUCCGUACGGAUCAGUGGGUCGACGUGCUCGAGCAUGUCGAUUUCCGUUCCGACACCUCGCUUUUCGCGGCGCUCGGCAGAGAUGGGGCAGACGGACGACUGGUGUGCCCCAGGUUAGCUCACCUGGUCAUUAUGCGGGCGAGCUUUACUGAGGCACACGCCGGGGAGGCCUGGGACGCGCUCAUCGGCGCACUUUGUGACCGGCUGGAGAAGGGCGCAUCGAAGCUAGCCAAGCUGGAGAUUACGACGCGUGAUUCGGCCGGUCUGGUCUCUAACGGAUGGCUUCACAGCUUGGACCAACUAGUAGAAGGAAUCGAUAUUCAUACCGUCAAGGCCCGCUGACGGUCGUGCCAUUUCCUGCUGUCGUUGAUUACUGCACUUCGAUAUGGUAGGUAAUCUCCACGGUGACACGACGUUGAAGGACUCAUUCGCUCUGUUAGAAGUCAUGUCAAAAUAGAGAUACUAGUAUUGUAACAAUGCUGAUUUAAGCGUCGCACUGACGGUAGCGACACCCAACCGUGUUUUAAUAGCACGGACUUAUGGGCACAUGUAACACUUUGCGGAGCAAUGAGAUCGCGAUGCUCUGCAGAGGGUGCCACUAUUAGUACUGCUGGUAUAGUGGGUCGAACCGGAGGCAACUGAAGGAACCAAUGGAGUUGCCUGAAUUGGUCGCGCACCCGGCGGCCCGGAA